GUAUCCCAUAGAGUUGCCACCCAGACCUCAGCCAGGACCUUUCAGGCCACGCGGGAGUGCCCAACCGAAGGCUUCACAGCUGCCCUCACCACCCUGCCUUCAACGGUGUCCAGAGAGGGUCAGCCAGGCCUGGGUUGGGCACGCUGUACCUUCCCCAGUCACCAGCCUGUUUCCCGGAGGAGAAGGCUGAGACCCAAGAAGGGAGCCAGCCUGUCCCAUGCCUGCCUGGGAAGCCCUGUUCCUGCUCUGGGCCACAGCAGAGGCCACCAAGGACUGCCCUAUCCCAUGCACCUGCCGCGCCCUGGAAACCAUGGGGCUGUGGGUGGACUGCAGGGGCCGCGGGCUCACGGCCCUGCCUGCCCUGCCAGCCCGCACCCGCCACCUCCUGCUGGCCAACAACAGCCUUCAGUCCGUGCCCCCGGGAGCCUUCGACCACCUGCCCCAGCUGCAGACCCUCGAUGUGACGCAGAACCCGUGGCACUGUGACUGCAGCCUCACCUAUCUGCGCCUCUGGCUGGAGGACCGCACACCUGAGGCCCUGCUGCAGGUCCGCUGCGCCAGCCCCAGCCUCGCUGCCCAUGGCCCGCUGGGCCAGCUGACAGGCUACCAGCUGGGCAGCUGCGGCUGGCAGCUGCAGGCGUCCUGGGUGCGCUCAGGGGUCUUGUGGGACGUGGCACUGGUCGCCGUGGCUGCGCUGGGCCUGGCUCUUCUGGCUGGCCUGCUGUGUGCCACCACUGAGGCCCUGGAUUGAGCCAGGCCCCCAGAACCCCUGGUCCCAGGCCAGGGGGCCAGUCCCUGAGGCAGGUCCCCAGACUCCGCCAAGCCUGGUCAGCCCAAACCACUAGAAGCCCAAAAUAAACUGGCAGCUUGGCUGUUUUAUAUAAGCUCA